AUGGUCGAGGUCCCGGUCAACACCGCCUACAAGGGCGACUUCCUCGCCCACGUCCUCAACGACUCUCGGGCCUCGACCCUCGUCGUCGAGGACGCCUACGUCGAGCGGAUCGCCCGCGUCGCCGGUGAUCUCACCGCGCUGCGCACCCUCGUCGUCCGCGGCGACCCGGCCGCCGCCGAGGGGCUGCCGCUGCGGGUCGUCGGCCUCGACGAGGUCGUCUCGGCCGCCCCGCUGCCCGCGGUGGACGUCGACGCCGGCGAGCUCGCCGCACUCGGCUACACCUCGGGGACCACGGGCCGCUCCAAGGGAGUGAUGAUCUCCCACGCCCACGCGUACACCUACGCGUCGCGCGAGGACCAGGACCGGCCGCGUCGCGGCGACCGCAUGCUGGUCACCCUUCCGCUCUUCCACAUCGCCGGGCUGUGGUUCGGCGUCUACCAGGGGCUGAUCCACCGGUGCCGGGUCGUCCUCGAGCCGGGCUUCUCGGUGAGCCGCUUCUGGCCCACGGUGCGCGAGCACGACAUCACCGUCACCGUCAUGCUCGGGGCGAUGGCCGAGCUGCUCGGACAGGCCGAGGCGGCGAGCGACGACGCCGACAACCCCCUCGAGCUGGCGAUCAUGGCGCCGCUGGCGAGCGAUGUCGUCGGCUUCGCCGAGCGUUUCGGGAUCGACCUCGCGGCGGUGUACGGGAUGAGCGAGAUCGGCUGCGUGCUGGUCGGGCCCCCGGACUCCGUCGUCGGCGGGGAGUGCGGCUUCGCGCGGCCCGGGUACGACCUCGCGCUGGUGGGCCCCGACGGUGCGGAGGUCCCGACCGGCGCCGUCGGCGAGCUGUGGGUGCGCCCCGAGGACCCGCGCCUGGUCAUGCGGGGAUACCACGGGCUGCCGGAGAAGACCGCGGAGACCAUGGUCGAGGGGUGGGUGCACACCGGCGACGCGUUCCGCCGCGACGAGCACGGCCGCUUCUUCUUCGCCGACCGGAUGAAGGACGCGUUGCGCCGCAGCGGGGAGAACGUCUCCAGCUUCGAGGUGGAGCGCGUCGUCAACGAGCACCCCGACGUCGGGGAGAGCGCGGUCGUGGCCGUGCCCUCCGACCUGGCCGAGGACGAGAUCAAGGCG